AAAACUGUCCACAAAUUUUCCUUCCAAUAACAAAUAAAACACUUUUAAGAUCAAUUUAAACGAUUCUAACCAAUAAUGGGAAGAAAGGAAUCGUCUUUUUAUAUUUACAACUGGCUUCGUAGACUUAAAAGUGGUCAAUAUAUAAGAAACAUCUGUUGUGUUCAAAGGACAUAAAUAGGCGGCGAGCAAGAAAUAAUUGAUGUAAGGUUUUUAGUAAAGUUUGCUCUCGUCUAAGGCGAUCAUUGCCGUUGGGUUAUUUGAGUUACAUCGGAAUGUUUUCGACUUUUUUACAUUGUGUAAUUCGUAAGGGGGGGUUAGUGGGCGAGGAGGUGAAGAGACGUAAAAAUUGCACCUGCUCCUUCUCCUUCUCCCCUCUCUCCCCUUUCCUCCCCUCUCUGCCCGCUCCUAUCUGACCUUGGCGUUCCUUUACCUUUUUUUCUUCUUUUUUUUUUCGCUAUAGAUAUAUAAAUUAACAAAAAAGAUUCCUUUUGGCGUCUUUUCCCACUCGAAAUCUUCCGGUUCUCCAACGCUUUUUUUUAUUAUCGAUUUGAAAUCCGUUUCUUAUCUUGAUCUUCCUUUUUCUUUUUAUCAUUUUUAUUGCUUUAUUCUAUCGUUAUUUUACUCUUCCUGUAGUGAAAUUGAAAGAGAAAGGCUAGCGUGCGAAGCCAGAAAGAAGUUUAACGUAGACCCGAAAAAGGGAAUUGAACACUUGAUCGAAUCGGAUAUUAUUGAAAAUGAGGCGGAAUCCAUUGCCAACUACUUGUUGAUGACGGGAGGUUUAAAUAAGACGCAGAUAGGAAAAUAUUUGGGAGAGAACAACGAUUAUAAUCGGCAGGUGCUGAGAUGUUUUAUAGAUGCGCAACCCAUUCAGAGAUUGAACAUUUUACAAGCUCUGAGACAAUUUUUAUACAGCUUCAGAAUUCCUGGAGAAUCUCAGGUUAUAGGCCGAAUUGUUGAAAUGUUUGCCAAACGGUAUAACGAAGUCAAUCCAACAGCGUUGACAAAUGACGCAUUAUUUAUGUUGUGCUUUAGUUUUAUAAUGCUAAAUACCGAUUUGCAUAAUCCGAGCGUCAAAGAGAAAAUGACUUUUGGUCAAUAUAAGAGAGUUGUUAUGGAAAUGGUAAAAAAAGAAAGUAGUUUGGUUAACGUCGAAGAUAGUUUGCCAUUCUAUUAUGAAACAUUAAAAAAUGAACCAUUAGAACUCGACUCUGAUGAUGCCGACGAUCUGAACAUGACUUUCUUUGAGGCUGAAAAGGAAGGUUGGAUGCUUAAACAAGGUGGAAAUUUGAAAACUUGGAAACGUCGAUGGUUCGUUUUGGCUAAUAGUUGUCUAUUCUAUUUCCAAUAUUCAACCGAUAAAGAGCCUAAAGGUAUAAUACCUUUGGGAGAGAACUUGAGCGUCCGACAGUGUGACGCCUCAUUGGAAAAGUACGGUCAAUAUACCUUCGAAAUCUAUCAAAGCCAUAAUAGAAGCAGGUCAAUUAAAGCUUGUAAGAAAACAUCUGACGGCAGCGUUCACAUUGGCCGACACGAAGUAUACAAAUUGUGCGCAAGUAGCGAAGAAGAAAGGGAUGAUUGGAUGGAUAAAAUAUCUAAAAUAAUUCAACUAGUAAGAAAGGAUUUCAUUAGUGCCUUAACCCCUCAAACGGAAGUUCAUUAGCACGAGAGCGUUACAUCGAGUCGAAAAAAAAAAGCAAAGAAGGACAGAAGAGUAAAGGAAGCUAGGAAAAGAAAUUAUAUAAAUAUCUUCAUAUUGUAAGAUUUACACAAGGAAGAGAGAGAAUGCGUCUAUGUAUUUAACAACCAAAAGAAAGAAAAGGCGAGAGACAGAGAGAGAGAGAGAGCGCAUGUGUGAAAUGAAGAAUAGACAAGAAGAAUGAGAGAAUAAAAGAAAAAACGAUACUUACUUUUUAUUAAGUUUCUUUUUUUCGUUCAUUUUCUCCUCAUUCGGUUUAUUUCUCCUAUUUUCUUUCUCUGUUUGUUCCUAUCUGUACUUGUUCUAUUUACUUUUCACUAAGGUCGUUGCUUUGUUCUUUAUUCUUCUUUGUGACGUGAUCGAAUGGUGCUUAAAUGAAAGGAAACACUUUGGUCUUAAAAAAACCAAACGAUAUAACGAGUUUAUUAUUAUCUCUUACCUAUAUUGUUAGCCUAAUUAGGCAUUCCAGUAUUUUUGUUAUUAUAUACGCUGAAUUAUGUUUGUUUGCCUGUUUGUUUGUUUUCGUUUUUAUCUUCAACUUCUCCUACUCCUAUUCCUUCUCCAAUCAAUCCUAACAUCUCUUCAUCACCUUCCUCCUCCUCAUCAUCGUAAACGUAUAUUGUAUAUAUAUAUUUUACAUAGGUUAUAUUUCUGUACCUUUGUAUAUAUAAUACAAUUAUUUAUAUAAAUGGAAAAUUCAUAUUUGUUUAUAAAGAGAAU